UAUGUUCCUUUGUCGGCCCCUAAAUAACCUAAAUCACGGCAUGAUGUUCGACCAAAUCUCAAAGUCUUAUUUGGAAAUUGAUCACUCUGUGUUCAAUCCUUAAUUAGUUUUUAAGGCACUGAGAUUAGUGUAAGACAAUAAAUUAACUAGAAUUUUGCAUAAUAUAUGAUGCCAAAUCGAUGCUAUAGUCCGGUAAAUCAGUUUGUUUAGCCACGAAAUAAUGCAUGUUUGUUUGCGAAAGCAUUCGUCCGUCAGCAGUUUGCGCGGUUUCAUCUUCAUGAUGAUGAGAUGCAGCACUUGCAGUUUGUUAAUAACUUUCCGUAUGUAAUUAAUGCACAUGAGUUUCGAUGUGGUUUGGAUGAAAACUAAACAGAGAAGAAUUGAAUCAUGUGACAUGGGGCACUUUGAUGAAAACAUUGCCUCAAAACCGUUUUUAUUAAGAAUUCUUUCAAACCCAACCUAUAAAGAGCUUGUUUCAUGGCAUAUCAAGCUGUUCGAAUUGUCAAGCAUGAGGCAAAGAGCCUUUCUUAACUAAUUUGCAGCAUCUAAGAAAACCCUCCCGAAUAGAUUACCUUCUUGAAAAAUGACGGUGGUCAUAUAAAAAUGUGUUAUUCACAUCAAAUAUAAGCCACAUCCAUAUCAAGAGCAUGAACGGUGGUUCCUAUCUUAGCAAUAGGAUAGACGUUUCAUCAUAAUCGACAUCAUACCCUAGCUAGAGUAAAAAUCCGUAACCAAGUCGUGAUACGAUUGACCGGGAAAAUCCCUUUUGGUCCAUUCUUGGCAAUUAAGAUCACUGCUCAAUCUAUGUCGUUCCGGGUUAAUCUCCGAGGGAGUGAAUUCGGUUGAUCUCCUAACGAUAUAAGAUUUGAAGUAUAUGCCCCUAGGUUGAGUAGAGCACCUUCAAUCCAUUACUAUGGGUCUUUGAUGCGAAAGCAAUGAGGUCCAUAGUGGCGUAUUGGGUAGUGCCGAGUAGGGUAUGCCCAAUCGUGGGAAUUAUUGGUUAGCAUCUCAAUUGCCUUCGCCGGUUGUUCGGUACGCCACUCCGGGUAGCGCAAUUGGGCGGGUUUGGAUGCACUUGAAAAGGGGUCUAACCUAGUCUAAUAUUCUUCGCGGUAGAGAUAACGAGAGUGAAUUGCAAUCUAGGAUAGUGCUCAACAUCGAUCCAAAUGACGGAACUAGGUGGAUUCAAGCUAAGAGAGCUCCAAACUUGUAAUUGGCUAGGGUAGUGGUUAGGUUGGCUUAGUUUCUUAAUCUUUUUUUUUUUUUUACUAUUCUAGGUUGGCUAGAUAACGACACUUAAGUUGAAGUAAUGUACAUCUAUAGAGACAUGUGGUUCGAUAAUACAUGGAAAAACCGAGAAUACAAUCAGUUACGUUAGACCAGAAUCUGAAUUUUGUUCGAUAAUACAGGGAAAAACCGAGAAUACAAUCAGUUAUGUUAGACUAGAAUCUGAAUUUCUAUAUUUUUCACAUAUGUCCUUCAAAAAUAAACAAUCAUCAUGAGAUUUGAACCAAAGACCUCAUGUUCACUAGUUUCAUUAUACACCAAUUGGAUACAAAGAGCUUUGUUAUAAAUAUUAACCUUAUGUAUUAUAUAACUAAGGCUAUAUUUACAUAAAUCAUUGUAAAUAUUAAUAAAAUUUAUUUUUGUAUACUUUUAUUUUUAUUUUUAUGUAUCUAAUUGUAUACUAUUAGUUACCAAUUCCUAACUAUAAACUAUUUUGUGUGAAUUAACUCUUUUGAUUGUUUCUUCCUAACUAAUUUACUUGGUAUUGAUAAUUUCUGGGGUCAUUUGGAUGGAGUUUUUGAGUGAGUUAUUUGGACACAAGUAACUCGUUUGGUAACAUUUUACUGAAAAUAGUUAUUUGGCAAGUACCACAUACCAAAUACCAUAUGCGCAUACUCGAAAUACCACAUGAACAAUAAAUGAGUUACCUGACUCAUACCACAUUGACAAUUAAUCCAUCGAAACGACCCCUCAUUUUUCUCAUGUAUUCUAUUAAAUUCGGCAAAAAUCGGCUGUACCACUGGCCGUACAACUCCACUUGCCAAUUGAUCCUCGCCUCUAGUGAUCAAACCUUAGGUCCUCAUUCUCUAAAUCCAAACCCCGAAAAAUCAAUUUAAUAAAAAAAUAAUACUCUGACAAUCUUGAUUUAUCAAAAUAAAACGAAGUACAUUCAAAAACCAUAUUACUUAAGGUAUGAUACACUACAAAACUACACGUUAGUUACCAUAUAUAUUAGUCAUUCACAUUUCACAAAUUUGCACAAAUUUUACGUACAGAAGUGAUCAAAAGUACAAAUGGACAUGAGUGAAUAAAAUGAAAGUACUCGAACUCGACCCCAGUCGACCUCAUUAUUGAGUUACAAUUUCAGGCAAUAAUUUUUGCAUGAAAGAAAAGAUAAGAUUUAGAAUAGGUAGCAGUUGUAACUUGAUUAAAUUUCACAGUAAAGAAUUGAGCUCUCUCAAACUUGGCUCUGUUGCAACAUGAACAUGAUGACCAAUCAGCUGCCUCCUGCACAACAGAAGAACAUGUAGUUACGUACCAUGUGUGAUUUGAUUAUUUACGAGGAGCUAGUUAGCUAGUUGUAAGUUGUCGGGUUGCUCCAAAACCCGACCAUAUUUUAAAAGCAAAGAAAUCGUAACAAAUUAUAUGUUUCAAGAGUUCCAAUGCAAAACCUUCCGGUUAUUAUAUAUAAUGCGUGCAUGAUCUGUACAGGUAAUUCCCAUUUGGCUAGUAGUAUUCAAUUCCACCGUAUAUGUGCGGAAUAAUCAUUUAUAUGAAUAAUACUUCGCGAAGGACUGUAAUUCGAUCCAAUUGUCAUGAUCCAUAUGAGCAUUGAACCGGCCAGAUCCAAAUGAAAUUAUAUAUAUAUUUUUAAUGGUUUUGAGUUUUCGUUGGUUUGAAUUGGGUCCAAUUUUUAUCAACUCAUUUGAGUUAGACCCAAAUGGGUCUAUUCCUGAAUCCUGAUCAUUAAAGACAAUAUCCAUAUUCUCAUUAAUUGUCUUCAACCCAAUUGCACAUUUAAUGUAGGUGUUUCCACCUUUCUAAAUGUUUCAUAACAGAAAAAAACAAAAAAAGACAAAAACUGCAUUAGAAUUGGGUACACAUUUUCUUUUGGGCACCUAAUACUAUGUUUAGUGAACGAAGUGAGAAGUGUGUAAUCUCUUUAGUAGCUUGAGUGUUUGUGAGUUGUGAGUGUGUUCUUCCUUUCAGUGGGUGAUCCAAGAAUUUUUUAUAAGGUGUCAUCUUCAAAUAAAUUAAAUUUAAUUAAAUAAUUCAUAAAUAAAAAAAUAUUCGACUAGUGCAAAUAUACCAUAUUAGACAAUAAUUCACGAACUGAUCGCAUAUUCGAUUUUUAACCUUGUUCCUGAUGUAACUCAAACUUGAAAGACUCUUUCAACUCUUCCAAUAUACCUAUAAAAUCAAUUCAAAUUAAGGAUAGCUCGAAUGAAUUUAAUUGUUAGGUUUUGAAAACAAUUGAGAAUAAAGAAUAGUGUUUUUACUAUUACAUAGUGUUUAAAAUAGAACAACAAAUGAGUUGCAAGCUAGAGAAUAUGUUUAAUAAUAGUAGUGUCCUAGAUUUGAAUAACACAGAGAUUACUACUUAUGUAUUUUUAAUCAUAUGCAAACUACUACCGAGAACAGGAUAAUCGUUUUUUCAAAAUUUAAGGGUGUCCUGGAUUACCAAUUAUAAUUUUUUUAUCCAUACGAAACUACUACCGGUGGUGGAUAAUCAUUUUCCUAAAUUUUAGGGGGUGUCCCGAGACACCCCUAGAGGCCCAUGUAUCCGCCACUGCUUCCUUUGGCUAACUGCUUGUGAGUAAGGAAGACAAGUUACAUUUGCUUUGAUUUGUCAAGGGCUUGACUUUUGAGUUCCACCCGAAAGGAACUCAACUUGGAGUUAGAAGUUGGAAUAAGAAGAAAACCAUAGAAAACAAGGUCUCAAAAGGGUGAUCAACCACCUUAGAACCUAGACGUAAAGCCACAUGAUAAAACUUGGUUAACAAAACAUUAUGUGUCGUACUAUUACUUUCAUUUUUCCUUUGUAAAUUUCAGCAGUAAUUCGAUAGCUCAUCAUUACUUUGAUACGACUUGAACUCAACUUGAAAGACAGUUAUAACCCGCUUGCCUUUAGAUUGACCUUAUUAGGUUCAGAACUCAGAACCGAACUCCACUAUGACCAGGUCUGUGCAUGGUAUAAUAUGGUAUGGUUACCUUCAAUAUAUUAUAUAAAACUGAUAUAACAAUAUUAUUGUCAAUUUGUUUUAAGAAAAUAUUGAUAUGGAUAUAUGAAUUAAAAAAACUGAAGUCCACCAGGCCCAUCUCUGAUUUUGCAGGGUCGAUGAAUUGAAUUUGUUGGCACACGCGUGCAUGGUGGAUUGCUUGGUUGGCAUGCAGCUGGAAUUUACGUCCAUAUUUAAUGGAAGAAGAAGAAGAAGAAGAACCAGCCAGCCAGCCGACUCAUUAAUACUGCUAUUCAUGCAAAAUCAAAUCAAUCAAGGUCUGAAUUCUCAAUAUCCUUUGGCUGGUGGUGGGUGGAAAAUGGAGACUAAUAAUUGGGCAAAAAUCUUAUCUUCUUAUAAGUUGAUUUUAGGCGCUUGUGUGGGCGUUCUUGAGUCACAAUUUAGUGAGUCGAAAUCCCAAUGUUUAUUGGGGUUUUUUUUUUGGAUUAUUAUUGCUAUAGCAAGAGGAGGAAAAACGAAGUCUCGACCAAUCAUGGUAAAGGAUAAUUAAUAAACUAGGUAAGCUACUUGUGCAUAUAAUCCUUUUUUUUUUUACAAUGAUUAUGAAAGAGACGGCACAUGGUGGAUUGUAAUUAACUAUAUAUAUUACGAAACAUUUUGAAAGAAAAAAAAAAAGAGACAAUAGGAGAAAAAGCCAAUUCUUGGCACCUUGUGCAGAAGCAGAGACCCUCUAGCGCAACUUAUUUUGAGGGGUUUUAAUUAGUCUAGUGGGUACACUGGCGGAUUCAGGGGUGGCCAUCCCAGGCCCCGGCCCAGCCCUCCUCUGGAUUCGUAGUUACUAUAAUCCUUAUGAAAUUUUUGAUUUUAGACAUUCAAUUUAGUGUUAUUCUAUAAUAAGAUUGGGUUUAACUAGAAAAAUUAUCAAGUUGAACAUAUUCAAAUCACUAUUCUAAAUUUAGCGUAGAAAUUUUAGCACAAAUAUUACGCGUCUUAAAAAAACAAUGAACCUAAAAUUCUAAAAAGUUCAAAACGUAAAAGACUAAAAGAAAUAUGAGGUUUGUUCCCUUACAAAUUUACUAAAGCAGCUGGUGUGCAGGGAUGGACAAACAAUGUAAAUUGAUUAGUCGAUUGAUUUAUCUAGUGUUGAUGCUGCUAGUUUCAACAGCUACUGCAAAGAUAACCUUUUUAACAAUGAAACAUGUGAGAACUGAUUUGCUCAACACAAUGAGCGAUGAAUUUAUCGCCGAUUGCUCAAGUAUUUUAUUUGAAACAGUGUAUACUAUUGGUAUGGAUGUAGACUUCAUUAUUGAUGCAUUCCCUAAAUUAAAAUACAGUUGUGUACAAUUUACAUUGCAAAAAACUAUAAUCAUUAUAUUUUUUUACGGUUCUAAUUUUUUAAUGAAUGCGGCCCAGUGCUCUUAUGUGUUCUGGAUCCGCCGCUGAGUGGGUAUCGUGAUUAUUUUGAGGACGUGGGGAGUUUCGAAUGUUACAUGUAUACAAGAGGAUGUGGGUAUCGUGAUUAUUCUGCAAACAACUCAAAUCGACCCUAACAUAAUCAUGCUCAUUCAUUCAAUAAAAUGUCACUACUAAACCAGAAUACACAAAUCACAGUACUGCAAACUCUACAUCGGCGCGAGCUCGCGGCAAUGGGUGUUGCGAGCUACAUAGGUCGAGUCGAAUGAUAUAGAUGGAAGGAAAAUAAUGUCGUCGUGGUUCUUUCAGCAGGUCGAAAUAUUUUUAUUUCAUAUACGCUGCACAAACACACUAGCUACAUAGACAAGUAGACACUAGGAUGUUUAAUUAAUAGCAUCAUUUCUUGACAAUUAGCACUAGGCUUUUUAAUAGCUAAUAAUAACAAUUGGAACGCUUAUUAAACAAAUGCUAUUAUUGGGAUUAUGUGGUCAACGACGGUGUGGGUUUGCUUUGGUUUGAUGCUCUAAAGCUAUAUCAGAAAAGUACACAUAAAUUCUGAAAAUAAAAGAACAAGUAGAAAUAAAUUAAAUAGUUUUGUGAACUAGCAUUUUGGGCUACAUAAAAGGGAAUUGCAUCAAUUUCCAUGAAAUUUCUCACUAAUGGAUUAAAGCGACACCGGCAGGCGGCAGCAAAGGGCCAUGCGUACGUACAAAUGGGGUUCACAAAACGUGUCGGGUCGUAGGAAUUUGUUAGAACUUAGGAAUCACAAUUACGUUAUUAAUUUGUUGAACUAAAAAAACUCUUUUUUUUUUUUUUACAUUUAUUAAAUGGAUUAGAAAGGAAUUGAUAUGGAUGGAACUAGAAAUGAGUGCGGACGUGGACGAAAAAUAAUAUGGUUGUUUGGUACGUUUAUUGUGAUUUUGUUUAAAAUUCAAGUUACAAUAAUUUGAAAAUUGGUGGAAGAAUUCGGUAUGAUAUUGUGAAUAUAUUUUCUCGUUGGUUGUUGGUUCCAAAAUUUGAACUCAGAGUGCGGUGAAAAUUUUCAUCCACAAAUUACAACUUGACGAACCCUUUGGGGUUGAUAUAAUGAUUAUAUUGUAUAUACGGUCUGAUCUCCCCCGUCGUAGUUGAUCGAAGAAGAAGGAAAGGAGGGUUGAAGGGGAGCCGAGUGGGCUAGGGUACGUCCGGUAGGGAUACUAGGCCAUUGGGUUUGGACUCGGGUGGGUUGGGCUCUAGGGCACCAUGGUGGGUUGGGGCGUAGGGGGAACUAUCGAGCUAGGGCUCGUAUUUCGGGCAAGGUUUGGUUAACGGGUUGGAGCAAAACCCAAAAAACGAUCCUAACCCACAAAAGAGACCAUUAUGGUCUUUAAUUUUUAGGUUCUCAAUUCCCUAAUACCCGAUGAAUUCGGUUUCCAUUUCAGUUAAACCGCAACACCGAACCCGAACAUGUAGCCCUAAUUUACAUAUCGGUAUCACUUAUUCAAGGUCAUAAAUGUCGCAACUUCUACAUUCUCCUUCAUAGAUCAUAAACUUAUUGAUCUUUCCAACCACCUUGAAGCACUAGUUGCAUUAGAAUCAAACGGACUAGUGGCCUACAUUUGCUGAGAGAUUUUCUUUUCACCUAAGACAUAUAUGUUUUGUAACUCUUAGUUAACAUUUCUCUUUUACACUAUUAAUUUCAUUGAUACAUACAUACAUACAUCCACGGUAAAAUCCUACAUCAUUUAUAUAAAAAAACACACGAUCCGCUAAAACAUAAUUUAAUUAUAUUCAUGCGAUAGGUUAAACUAUAUAUAUCACGUAUUUAUGGAGAAGUAUACAUUUACCAUGGUGUUAAAAAAAAAAACAAGUGGCUGGUUGACACUCUCUAUCUGCCUGCAAAAGAUUAGUGGCUGGUUGACUGAUUGCAUCGUCAUUAAUGAGGCAAUUAAGCAUGAUUAGCUAUAUAUAGACGCCUCCUAAUGGUGUCAUAUAAAGUGUCGGUUUUCACCAAGCAAUGUGAAGCCAAUUGGUGACAUGUCUGCUAGCCGUAAGGGCAUCAGAAAUUGCAGAAGAGAACAAAAAAUUAAAGAAGAUAGAGACACACCAUUAACAACGUCUAAUUAAUUAAUUAAUCAAUUGAUCGGGUUUUGAAAGUUUACCAUUUGUGUUGGCCAAAUGAAGAACAAGUAGAGUGACAAUCUCGAUUGUUUAACAAACAGAAAGGACAGUGACAGAUGGAGUUGUUUAGUAGAAGGAAGUACAGACAUAAUCCAUACUAAUCAGGAAUUUUGGGAUUAAUUAAAUCGACAAGAUGGGAUGGAUAUAUAUGACGUUGUUUAAAAUUGACUAAAACCCUUUUUUGCUGAGAUAGCAAUAUAAGGGUUUAUGAUUUGGAGGGUGUCGUUUUCUUGAGGGGAAAGUCAGAAGUUAGGGUUUACAGUUUCUUGGGUGCUUCCAUUGCUCAGUUGGAAUCCACUUCAGAGGAGCUUAAGUACGUAUGUACAGUCGCUUUCAUUAGGUGCAUAACUUAAUUAGUUAAUAACAAAUAUAAUGAUUAAGUACCUUCCUUAAUCAUGCGUAUCACGGGACAAGGAAGGAGUCAAAGACCUUCAUCACUAACGUACAGAAGUAGCCCAUGGGCGCGAGGAAGCAACCCCAAAAGGAAUAAGUGGUAAUGAGGAACUAAUUCAACCACUUUGAUUUGAUGAUGGCUAGGAAUCUUGGCGCCUUCAUUUGAGGUUAUUAUGCGAUUAGGGAUGACAAUUAAAUUCGUACCUGUAGUUUAUGUACUCAACACAAUCUUAUUCAGUCAAAAUGGGGUAAAGCUCGGAGUUGAUAACGGGUUUCGGGUUAGCUGCAUGCGAGUAGAAACUGCUUUUGAAAUUCUCGGGUUGGGUUGGGUUUAGGUUUGGUCAAAACUUGGUAUGCUUUUCACCCAACCUGCACCGGAAAAGAAAAAUGACAGUGUUAUAUUAUGAAUAAAUUACGGACAUUAUCCGUCUUUGUGACAAUAUAGUUCCAAUAGUAUUCAAAAUUGUUAAUGUUAUCAGUCUUUAUAAUAAUAGUACUAUAGAAAUUUUUGUAUAAUAUAAGAAUGUGGGUUUUCGGACGAAUUAUUCACGGUUAAUUAUGUUUGUGAAUCCAUGGGUACACACUACAGAUGCACUUGCCACUUCCUAGUACUCGCUGGAUUAGGUUGGGUUGAAGAAACUCGACUCAACCCGACCCAUUAUUGUCCCUAUCUGCUACCCUUUGAUCCAACGACUCAUACAUUUCUAGGCCCGUUGCAUAUCCCCCAAUAGAGAAUAAUAAAAUUGAAGAACUAAUAGAUAAUUUUAUUUCAAAAUAGGUUAGAAGGAUGCUAUUUUUCAAAUGAGGCUGUAAUAAUUUCAUUUUUUUAAUUAAUGUAAUAAUUAAUUUUUUAAUAGGUUUAUUGAAAAAUUUUGGGCAACAUUUGGUUCGUGAAACAUGGCCUCCAGGAGUGUGUGCAAUGCAUCAUUUUGACAUGCAAUUGACCAAACUGACAUUGUUAUCGGACUUAUUCAUACUAAAUGCAAUAUAAUUCGAUUCUCGGUUCCAUGAAUUAUUUGGAUAGUAAAGGAAAAAAACCGAACCAAUAUUUGGAGCAUACAAAUGCACUUUUCGUUUAAUUACGGUCCUUAAAAUUCUUAUACUUUCGAAUCGGUUCUAUCAUAGUAUGAUUUAGUCGAAUCAGACCAUUGCACACCAACAAACCAACAAAAAUAUAUUCUCGACUGCUCCUAAUGAAUUUGCCGAUUAUCAUAAGACCGAAAUUUAUCCAGUCUUUAAUGACUUUUCAUGUAACAAACAAAACAAAAAAAUUGUUAGAAAAACCACAAAGCUGAUAAAAGUUUUAUUUUUAUGUAUAUUCACCUGCCACUGCCAGUCAGUCAGUCAUCCGUGUUUCAGUCGGUCACAUGAAGCAGAGCCUGGCCGCCGAUCCAAAGUUCGUUUAUUGAGCCAGAGUUGCAUGAGUAAAUUCUACGCGCUCCUUAAUUUUCUAAUUUCUUAAUUUAUUAAUCAUGUAUCAUCAAAGCUUCCUCUUAUUGAAACUCACUAGCUUCUUUUUAUCCGAAUUUUCUGAAAAUAAUAUCUCAUAUUUUGGACCACCACUAGGUUGUUGUAUGUUUACUUGAUGUGAAAAUAGAUUAGAUGUUGCUUAAACCUAGACAAAAUUCCUAAAUUUCUUAGAAACAUGGUUAUUGAAAGAUGUAACAGAGCCACCUUAUGAAUAGAAUUGAAAUUUUUGUAAUUUGUAUGAGAAAGUUCGUAGAUAAUUUUUUUUUUGGUUUGCACUUGGGAUCCCAUGAAUUUUUUUAUAAAAUUUGCUUAAAAUCAUUUAUCAUUUAUGUGCAAUUGAUUUUUUUCUAAAUAAUUGCAAACUACAUAUGUAUGAAAAAGGUAAAUAUAAUAGAACUGAAAAUGUCGAAAGACAUUUGCAAUGAGGCACGUGAAAACACUUCAAUAUUUAAUUGGUGAUGCCAAAAUAUUGAAUGGUUAUUUUAUAAGAUAUAUUGAAACUGAUAUCAUAUGAAUGCAUCAUAUAUUCAAUGGGAAAAAAUUUGAUAUCAUAUGAAUGCAUUAUACAAGUUUUUCAAAAUACUGAUCAGCCGCUACAUAACUUAUCAUUGUCAUCCAUGGUAUAUCCCCUAAUUUAAUUACUAUUUUGAUUAAGUACUAGUUUAUGUAUACAUAGUUUUGUUUCGGUUGAUCAUCAUAUCGCAAAAUCUCUAGGCCUUGAGUUGAAAUCUGCACAUGGGUAUAUUCAUAUGGUUCAUUGAGCCCCACACAUCCAUGAUCAUCAUUUGCGAGCGUCAGUUGCUAGCAGCAUAAUAUAUUUUUGUUACACCAAUUUUUUUAUUAAAAUAUUUUCCUUUCGAUCGAUCUGCUAUACAUAUAAUAAUGUUAUAUUUUUUCCGGUAAUAAAUAUUAUUAUAUUAUAUAAAAUAAACUGUCUGUUUAUUUCAUCUUUUUCAAUUUUUGGUGACAACUUAUUUUUUUGUUUGUUUGUUUUGUUUAAUCUCUUGGUUCUUGCGUAUGCAUGAAUUGUAAAAAAAUAUAUAGUUGGCCGUCCACUUAAUUUAUUACAAUUAUUGUUAUUGGUUAUCUGGUUCUUGAUGAGUUUGUUAGUUGAAAAUCUACAUACAAACACAAUCUCGACAAGCAUAUUCAUGUCCUACAUGUAGUAGGCAAAGCAAAUGUAGCAAACAUCAUAGAUUUUCCCACAUCUUCAAUUGCCACCUAUUCUAUUGUAUAUAUAUUCCUUCGCACAAUCCUACUUAAGUACUUAGCUUAGUCUUAAUCCACCUCUCUCAACUAAUUACCCAUGCUAAUCUCGAACAUUAAACUUGAUGAAAAGUUUAUAUUGAGAAAGGAAUUAGAAAGAGAAUUGUGAGGGUUGGAGUACAUCAAUAGGAGAUAGAUAGAUUAUAAAAUGAGAAAGAAUUGAUGUUCUAUCUCAUUUUAGACAACCAUAAAAAAAUUUGCCAUUAAUAGAAGCUUAGUGAAGGGUUUAAGUUAAAUGAUGUUCUACACUUUGUUGCUAAUGAUUAAUUAGCAAGGAGAGAGAGAGGGAGUAGGUUGUGGGGUCAUGAGAUCUCCUUUGGGCUUCUGUUUAGGUCAUCAAAGCUUUGGGUUAUAACCAAAAUCAGAAUCUUAAAAUCUUGUGUUAAAAUGGGUAUCUUUGUCAAGUCAUUAGUAGAACCUUCAACUACUCUUUAGAUGUGCCGCCCCCUUCUGUAAUAUUAAUUAAUUUGCUCAAGGCAUAUAUGCAUAUGAUUAAUUGAUUGCCCAUUGUGGUUAUGAUUUUGGUUUCAGUAAACAGAAUUCUUCCACUAGCUAGUCAUAGGUUUGGUGGUGGCUAGUUUUGGUUUACUAUAUAAUGAUGACCAAGAUCAUAGCUAAUCUUUCUUCAAUGAUUAUUAAUCAGAUUAAAACCCAUUAAACUAUUUACAAGAUCAUUACCACAUAUUAUGAAGGAACAAAUCAUUAAAGGAAGUGUUUGAGCCACGAACCCUCCAAACCUCAGCCGACUCCCUCACUUCUCCUGCUCCUGCAGCGCCCCCACGACACGUCCACAACCUGCACACCACGGCGCCCAGCGAACCCCUUUGGGGGGGUUCGUUAGCACUCCGACGCCCAAGUCAGAACGAUCUUUCUAGAGAGAGAAAUAAGAUGCAAGUUUAGAGAGAAGUCGGAACCUAAGUAAAUGAGCUCCACCCACUUCACUAUUUAUACUCGGAGUAGGACCGACCGGUGCCCCCCAAAUCCGCCCCACGUCAUCACCGCAUUAAAUGCACUGUUCCCUCCUUUUGUCAGGCGCCCUGCCAUUCUGGCACCUACCUUGGCCCCGCAGGCGCAUGGCCCCACCUCCUGUCUCCUCCGUACGUCCCCGGCCGUUACUUCCCUUUUGUCGUCAUGCGCCCUGCUUCGGGCCCGGUUCCCCCACUUGGGCCCUGACCCUCAGCCCUUUUCUCUGCCCAAGCCCAGGCCCUCUUCCUGGUUCCCUGUUUGGGCCACUCGCUCUAUGCCCCCCAACAGGAAGAAUUAGAACAUCCUUUUAUUUUUGACAAAUAGUCUACUAUAUGUUCCAUUUUUGCCAUGCGAAUUCGAUAAGAAUAUGUAAGAUGGCUCGAGGCUGAUUUUUAAUACUCUUCGUAUAUUCAUCUUAAAUCUUUUCAUGGUAUGAUUCCAAUUGGAAUAAGUUAGUGAUCGGUUUCAGAGAUAUCUGGUAUGAAAUUAGUUGGUGCUUAACAAAUUAAAAUAUUGAGAUUAAUAUUUUCAAAUAUCGAUCUAACUAGUGAAGGAUAGACUUUUUGUUUCUCGCUAAAUAAAUCCUCCUAAUACACCACACACACUCAUUCCAUUAUCCUUUUCUCAUGCAUAUUAUCUUUCUUGAUGAGUCUUCUCUAACACUAGAUAAAUCUCGAGUAAUUUCCCUAUACAGGUAGACUCUACCUACAAAGUCUUUUAUGUUGUGUGCCGGUGGGUAUGGUUUGUAAUGAGCGAUUUUCAUUUCUUUUGGUGAUCGUGAUAUAUAGAUCUAGAGAAGUAGCAGCGGUUCGUUAUUUAUGGUGACUACUGUGGUGAUGCAGCGUCUUCUCAUUGUUUACUUAGUUGGGGAUUGGGGAUGUAGCAUUUUUUUUAUAAUUAUGAUAUUAUAUAAAUAAGAAAAAGGAGAUUGUUCAAACAGGAGGUGAUGGGAAUUGGGGAUGUAUCCUUGCUUCCGUAUUUUUUAUGUUCGCUGAUGUGGUCAGGAAUUUCAGUAAAAUUUGUCGCUAUUCGUUAAAAAAAUCGCAAGUUAGUAGAUUUUUUUUUUAAUAUAUUCUACUAUGUUAAACAAUUUGACCUUAAAAAUAUAACUUUUACAUCGCUAUCCAUUUUUCACUCUAAAUCGCGAUUUAUCACUAAUUAAUACGAGUAUCAUAUGUAAGAAGAAGCUACAAUGAAGAAGUUGUAAAGGUGUGAAGGGAGAGAAGAGAAGAGAUUGAUUACCACUACUUACACCAAGUCACCAACUAGGGGUGUCAUUUCGGGUCGGGUUCGGUUACCCGAAAAAAACCCGAAAACCCGAAUCCGAUAAGGACUUGCGGGUUCCGGUUAUCCGAAACCCGAAAAUUCCUUAUCGGGUUCGGGUUCAGUUAAAGCAAAACCGAAACCCGAAAAACCGAAUGCUUAAGAAUACAUAUUGAGUUCUAUUCAUUGGAUGUUUUUAGCCGGAACCCAAAAAAUUGAUAAACAAAACCAAAACCGAAAAAACCGAAACCCAAAAUGAAUCGAACCCGAAAAACCGAAAAUGUAUAUAAUCGAGUUGGUUUCGGAUGAACCCAAAAAACCGAACCCGAAUAGACACCCCUAUCACCAACCCCUCUCUCUUCCCCCACUCUACACAUUCAACCACCAUAUUCGGUGUGUGGGAUCUUAUGGAGAUUGAGAUAAAGAAAUUUUUUGCAAAGGGGCAGCUGACAGAACCGCAACAUGUACAGUUGUCAAGAUUAAACAAAAAUAGACCAG